AUGGGGAUUCGCAGAUUCUCGUUCAUUAUUCUGCUAUGUGGUGCAGUAGGAUUUGGUGCUUGUGAGAGACGAAACCUAUUGGUAGUAUCGGAACGAUCCAAUCAGUCCGGUAUGAUACGCGGUAUCUCUGAGAUGAUUAAUCUACUGGCGCCAAAAGCGUUAGUCAUCCUUGUACGCAAUGAGACCAAAAUCGAUCGGCUCGAUAAAUUGACUGUGAUGAUCCAUCGUCAUAAUAUAGCAACCUGCGUUUAUUACGAUCUGGAGCAGUAUUUCAGAUUCAUUGAGGAUAAUUUGAAAAAAUCGCUCGAAAUUACAUCGCUGCUGUUUUGUCAUCCCGAGGAGAUGGUACAAGAGAUUAUCGACCGUCGGUUGGCACACCGAUUAAGUCUUUUCAUCUUCUAUUGGGGAGCAAAACAGCUGACAAGACGGUUGGAUAGCGCCUUGUUGAAGGAACCUUUUCGCGUUGCGGUUAUUACCAACCCGAGACGGAACAUCUUUCGCAUAUACUACAACCAAGCGAAACCCAAUAAUCGUGGUGAGAUGCUAAGCGCAAAUUGGUUCGAUGGGAAUGAUAUGACCUUUAAGCGGAUACCUUUGCUACCGACACCGACGGAAGUGUACAAGAAUUUUGAAGGACGCAUUUUUAAUAUUCCCGUGAUACACAAACCACCGUGGCAUUUCGUUGUCUAUGGCAAUGGUAGCAACAGCGGGGGCUCCGGCAGCUUCAGAAACGGUACCAUGGACGUAGGCUACGAGAUGGAUCGGGAAAAUAAUAUUACAAUAGAAAGCGAGGAUACCUACAUAGAAGUUACAGGAGGCCGAGAUCACAACCUUAUGCAGCUGAUAGCCAAACGGAUGAACUUCAGUUUUCAGUAUGUGGAGCCGCCAGAAAAAAUCCAAGGUAUCGCGCUCGGUACUGGAAAGAAUGCCAGUUUUUCUGGCGCCCUUGGUAUGCUGGAGCGUCGAGAGGUGGAGCUGUUUUUAGGCGAUGUGGGGUUACACUGGGAACGGAUGAAAGCGGUUGAGUUUUCAUUCUUCACGUUGGCCGAUUCGGCAGCAUUUGUGACGCACGCACCGCGCAAACUGAACGAAGCGUUAGCCCUGGUGCGUCCAUUUCAAGUGUCCGUUUGGCCACCCCUAAUCAUAACGAUUCUUCUUUCGGGACCCAUACUGUACUUCAUCAUAUCGACACCUCAUCGAUGGAAGCAUUGGACGGUCCAGCAACAACACCGUAGCAACUAUUUCGAACGACGGCGACAGCUACAGAAGCGCAAGCCUGCCUACUACAAUCUUCAAUAUCUGCAGGAAAUGAGCUACGGUGGCGUGAGGCUGGGUAGAACACGGAUAAUUGGUGGAGUACAGGAAUAUCCGAGUUUGGAUCGUUGCAUUUGGUACACGAUCAAUGUUUAUUUGAGACAAUCGGCCAAUAUACCGUAUGAUGGACAUCUGGCACGGUUCUUUUCGAUCCUGCUUUGGCUGUGUGCUACCUAUGUAUUGGGGGAUGUCUAUUCCGCACAACUCACUUCUCAACUUGCUAGACCAGCUCGCGAAAGUCCUAUCAACACGCUGGGUCGGCUAGAGCAGCGGAUGAUCCAUGAUGGUUACCAGCUGCUAGUAGAGCGCCAAAGCGCGUUUCAUGCUGCUCUCGUAAACUCUUCGGGAAUUUUGCAACGACUAUACCGUCUCACGCAAGAACGUUCUGUCAACGAUUCCUUCUUGGUUCGCUCGGUUGAAGAAGGCAUACGUACGAUUACGUACGAUACAAAACUGGCCGUUUUGGGGGGGCGUGAAACACUGUACUUCAACACUAAACGAUAUGGCGCCAAUCGUUUUCAGUUGAGCGAAAAGCUCUAUACACGCUACUCGGCCGUUGCCGUGCAGAUUGGCUGCCCAUUUCUGGAUAGCCUGAACGAAGUAAUCAUGCGACUAUUCGAGGCUGGUAUUAUAGAGAAAAUAACGAUUGCCGAGUACGAGCGGAUGUUUGGCCGGCAGAAUGAUGUGGUUUCACAUUCGGAAGAGACCAUUCGUUCAACCAAAUCCACCAACUCUGAAUGCGAGAUCGAUGGUACCGGUAGCAAAAGGAAGUACGACCCAAAUGAGAAGCUGCAACCAAUGAAUUUACGCAUGCUUCAAGGAGCAUUCCUAGUUUUGGCAUGCGGACACUCAUUAGGAGGAUUUUGCCUGUUUCUAGAAAGACAUAAAACUGUAAUGGAUUGCUGCAUCGCCAGAGUUUGGAGUGUCUGUAUCCGCGCAAAACAAUUGUUUUAGAAACUCUUAAAUCCUUUUUAAAGA